UGCAGUUUCCUGGAGUACCAGACUGGCUGUGAUUUCUUCCGGGUUCCUCGAGCAGUGUGUUUUGUUUGGGUGUAUCAGCGCAUGAGCUCAACAUGACAUGAAAGUUAGCUUUAGCUCCUGUUUUACUACAACUUAAAGGACGGUUUGCCUCUAAAUAAGAUGUUUUAUCCGAAGUGUUUAGCACGGUAAAGGCGGACAAGUGACUCCACCGUGAUUCCAACCUCACCUGAGCUUACCUGAGACACCUGUUGCUCCAGUUUCGACUCAGACAGGUGCGACUUUCUGCUCAGACAAGAGGAGCAGCUCCGGGGCUCGAGAGACUACUACCGAAACUUGGAUUAAUUUGUUACUUAUUGCCAUAACAGCUGGUAUGAAAGUGACAGUGACCUUCGGGGACACCGCGGUGGUGGUUCCCUGUAAAGGUGCAUGGACAGUCCGGGAUUUAAUCGACCAAGCGACGAGGAGAUACCGCAGGAUUCUGGAGCAGCAUGAGCAGGGUGAGGUGAAGACCCACCACUUGAAGUACAUGGAAGGAGGGAUCCUGGACAUGGACGACCUGCUGAGUGAUCUGGUGGAAGACAGAGACAGGCUGGCAGCGGUGUUUGACGUCCAGCGCAGGAAGACAGACAGUCCCAGAGAGACCAUAUCCAACGGCUACUCCAGUUCUGCCCACAGCCCUGAACCCGCCCACUACUACCCCCACCUGGGGUACCAGGAGCCAGUCGGAGGAGAGAUCGAAGUCAACGAGGCCAGCCUAAAAGCCAACACGCCGCUGUUGGUGAGGAGCAGCAGUGACUCGGCCUUGGCCCCGCCCCUCGAGAUCAGAGCCACGCCUCCACCUGACGACCAUGGCAUCAAGUCUCCUGAGCCGGAAAUCAACAAUGUGCUGAAAGGAGCUCUGGACCGACUGCGCACGGACGACCCCCCUGCCAAGAUGAGCCAUGUUAACUACAGCACCCUGACGAGGGUGGUGGAGUUUCCAGGUGACUGGGCACCCCUGGGUAUUCAUGUGAUCCCCUACUCCUCCUCUCUCAGUGGACGGACCCUGGGCCUGCACAUUAAAGGCAUCGAGGAGAACAGCCGCUCCAAGAGAGAGAAUCUCUUCCAGCAGGAUGAGUGUAUCGUCCAAAUCAACGACACGCCACUCCAGGACAAGACCUUCUCCCAAUCACAGGAAGUGUUCCGCCAGGCCAUGAGCUCCCCCACCGUGCAUCUGGAGGUCCUCCCCUCGGCCAACAAGCCGCGCUACGAGAAGAGCCUCAUCGGUCAGCUUUUCACCGGCGACGGCAAAGACGCCACCGUAAAAGCGAAGAGUCCGAUGACGGUCCGCGCUAAAACCGCCCUCCAACCGGAACCCAAACAAGACACCAGACCGAACGGCAAACUAGAAGUGAGGCGACCAGACACGCGCGUCAAGACCCCUGAUUCACGUUCAGUAAACACAUCACCAGCGGAGCUCCAGUCUGGGUAUAACUCCUCGGCGAGAGUCUCCCCCACACUUCCAGGCAGGGCGGCGAGCUCCUCCCCGACACCCAGGACCAGAAGCCAGAGCCCCCUGGACAGUAGGAGCCCUGUACCCGGCCUGGCCAACCUCACCAGCAGGAGGGGCAGCGGCAAGAGGAUCAAAAUUGACCUGAAGAAAGGCACAGAGGGUCUGGGCUUCACCGUGGUAACCCGGGACGCCUCGGUCCACGGGCCAGGGCCAAUCCUGGUGAAGAACAUCCUGCCACGAGGCGCGGCAGUCAAAGACGGCCGCCUGCAGCCUGGAGACCGCAUUCUGGAGGUGAACGGAGUGGACAUGACAGGCCGUAACCAGGAGGAACUGGUGGGCAUGCUGCGCAGCACCAGGCAGGGGGAGAGCGUGAGCGUGGUGGUGGCGCGGCAGGAGGACAUCUUCCUGCCUCGGGAACUGAAAGGUGAAGAGGACGGCAGUCUGGUGUUGGAGGACGGCAGGGAGCAGCUGAUGUACGAGAUCCCCCUCAAUGAGUCGGGCUCGGCCGGCCUGGGGGUCAGCCUGAAGGGCAACAAGUCCAGAGAGACCGGGGAGGACCUGGGCAUCUUCAUCAAGUCCAUCAUCCAUGGGGGGGCCGCUUACAAGGACGGCCGGCUGAACGUGAACGACCAGAUGAUAGCGGUAAACGGCGAGUCGCUGCUCGGACGCUCCAACCACACCGCCAUGGAGACGCUGAGGCGCUCCAUGUCGUCGGAGGGAACCGCCAGGGGGACCAUCCAGCUCGUGGUGCUCCGAGUACCCAGACAGAUGGCCAGUGGUAACCCCGCGCCGAACGCGGCUACAAACGGGUCCGCCACCCAGCAACAGAACAACCAUAAGGGCUCCAGCAAUCAGGAGCCAUGGGGCCACAACGCGUACCAGGGGCCAUCUAGGCCCCCGAUCACAGAGCCCACCAUGAACGGUGCCAGUCACACUCCAGUGACGACCAACAACUACGCGUACGGCAACUCUGGAAGUGCUCCGCAUCCCGCCACCCCGACCUCCAACGGCAGCUACGGUCACUAUGGCAACGCCGACGACGACCUCGAGGAAAGCUUCCCCUCGCCCCCCUCCCCCGGCACCGUGGAGGAAAUGAAUAGAGACUCACCGCUAACUCUCCCACGCCACAGUGAGUUCCAGAAGCGGGAAGCGGCGGCUUUCUACGCCGCGGACGACAAGGACAACGCGCCCCGCAACAGAGCGUCCAAGAGCAUGGAUCUGGUGGCUGAUGAGAGCAACAUGGGAUCACUGUCCAGGCAGACAAAUGAGUCUCCAUCCGGCGGAGCGCUGGGCCCGACCCUGGGCCUCAUGAAGUCCAGCUCCCUCGAGAGUCUCCAGACGGCCGUGUCGGAGGCCAAGCAGAGCCGCAGCCAAGCCCGGGUGCCCUUUCACCGGCCGCGGCCGCACAUGGUCCGGGGCCGCGGGUGCAACCAGAGCUUCCGCAUCGCCAUCGACAAGUCCUACGAGGGACCUUCUGAAGACGACGACGACAUGUCGGAGCACAGCUCCGGUCGCGAGACGCCCGUCAGCAGCUCCUCUCGCCAGGGCCUGGACGCGGACGACGGGAAGAAGAAGAAAACCAAAGGGAAGAAGAAAGAGAAGAAGAGCAAAGGGAGGAAGAAGACGGACGAUUCUGCGGACGAUCCGGAGAAGAAGACCAAAAAGAAAGGAUUCAAUCUCUUAAGGUUCGGUAAGAAGAAAGACGACAAGAGCAAAGAUGCCGCCAAAGCCUCCAAAAGCAAACUGGAGGCGCUGAGUGAAGAGGAGCAACCGGAAAGAGGAAGCUACGACCCUCGUUACGCCGAGAUCCACUCAGGCAACGUCACCCCGGACACGGUCUCCUUCCCCGACGUGGAGGACGACGACAGCGACCCCAACUACGCUCGCAUCAACAACUUCCGCCAGCCGCCGUCGCCCCAGUCGUACGCCAGCCGCACUCCCUCCCCCGCGGCGCUGACGGGGGGGCCUAACCCGCUCCGGGCCUCCGCCGAGGAGCUGGACGGGCUGUACGCCAAGGUCAACAAGUCCCGACCGCCGCCUGCUCUACAGAACCAGCAUCAGCCACAAGCAGACAGUGAUCAGCGUCUCCAGGGGCUGCGUCGGGAGUACCAGCAGGCUCGAGCUGCUCCAGGCUACGACGAGUUAGACUCUGCACGCCGCAGAGCCCUGGAACACGACCCAAACCGGAUGGCACCCAGAGGAGCCGAGUCUCGACCCGCGCCCCGCUACGACGAGGUGGACCGGCAGUACCCCACACACCCCAGGAGGGAUCCAUAUGAUUACCCAACCCACUCCAGAGCCGCGCCAAGAGAAGCAGCCCCCUACCCGGGCUACUACAACGACCCUUCAGCUCCCAGCCACCCCAGCCGUGUGCAACAAUCCCAUCAGGCGCCCAGCAACCCGCGCCACAACCCUUCCUCUCAGCACCAUGCAUCAGCGAGGCAGGACAUGCCCCCUUCGCCCACCGCAGGCCGCAGAGGGCGCAACUACUACGAAGCCGCCGGAGGGCGAGUGGACGCCUACCGGAACGCCAGCCCCGGCCGCUACACCAGCCCCGAGAGGCACCCCGACGCCAGGGAGCGCUACACCAGCCCCGAGCGCUACGGCGACGUAAGACAGCCCGACCCCAGGCGGAAAAACCCCAUGAUAGGCGCCGUGUAAGAAGGUACUCUAAGAGCUAAGUCGAGGCAUUCAAACAAUAUACAUAACUCCGAAAUUCAUGUGUUUCCAGAUUUGUGAAACAUAAUACGGGGCUGUCUGAGCUGCCAGUGUGGAUAAGUGAGAUUUUGCCAUAUUAACUUAUCUGAUCAAGAACCCUGAAAGCAAUAAGUGACAAGCUGGGAGGCUAAAAUACGGCUUAUUUUCGGAACCAUCUGGUCAUAACUCUCUCCAACUCACGCCAAGACCGAUUUAACAAGGACUGUGUAUGUGUGUGUGUGUACAUGUCUAUACAUGUUUGCAACCGCUUUGUGUAUAUUUGCUGGUGUUUAUAUCAACAGGAUGUUAAUUUUUGACAUAGAUUUUUAUGAUUAAAUUAAGGGUAAUAUAAUUAAUGACACAGAUAUAUUAGUAUAUGUUGUAUAGAAUCAACUCUUUUCCAGCUUUUUUUGCACAAGCCGAUCAAUCUGGAGGAAAUAGAGAGGGAUCACCUUGACCGGGCCGCGCCAGGAGACACAGGAAGCUGCAGUCGACAAACAGGAAAAAGGAAGUAACUCCACUUCAAAAGCAUCCUCUCAUCCUUGAUGUUUAGUCUCUUGGACUUCCUCUACAUCCUGCUAUCACUCUUUGAUUUGAUUUAGUUGGAUGUGGAGGUAGCUCAUACAUUGUUAAACGUAUAAAUUUGUGAUAUUUUUGUGGUGUUUCUAAUAAAAUGUAUAAAUCUUGAUCAACACACAGAUUAUAAAAAAAGCUGUGUGACACGGUGCAGCUAAUAAAGAGCUCAAUGAAACAUUUUAACAUAUCACUGCUUAAAGCCGCUGCACUGAAAAUUCGUUAGUGGUGGUUUGAUUCAAACAUGCUGUCAAAUAAAUGCGUUUUUUUUUAAUAUAUAUAUAUAAAUAUUUUGCAUUAAAUAUUUUGAAACUCUC